AUGACACCAGUUAUUGAGAUAAUUGACGAUAUUAACACCCCUUCAAAUACCCCUUCACCAACACCCAUUGCAAUACCAAAUGAAUUACAUUUGGGUGAAUAUUUGUUUUUGCGUAUCACACAAGCAAAUCCUAAAUUGAGAUCUAUUUUUGGUAUACCAGGGGAUUUUAAUGUUGACUUAUUGGAACAUCUUUAUUCGCCAGUAGUUAGCGAAAAGGAGGUCAAGUUUGUUGGCUUAUGCAAUGAAUUAAACGGAGCUUAUUGUGUUGAUGGUUAUGCUAGAGCAAUUGGUGGAAUGAGUGUUUUGAUUACAACUUUCGGUGUAGGUGAGUUGUCCGCAAUUAAUGGUAUUGCUGGUGCGUUUGCUGAGCACAUUCCUGUCUUACACAUUGUUGGGACAACAACUUUAAAACAACAAUCACAGUCCAAAGAUGAUCAUGAAGUCUUGAAUUACCACCAUUUAGUACCCUCUAAGGAUCACUUGCAUUCACCAAACCAUGAUGUGUACAAGAGAAUGGCAAAGGAUAUAUCUGUGGCUCAAGAAUCCUUAGACGAAGACAUGGACAGUAAUAUUACUAAGAUUGAUCAUGUUUUGAAUGCAAUUAUUCAGGAUUCGAGACCAGGCUAUUUGUUUAUUCCUUGCGACAUUGUCAAUGAAUUGAUACCUGCACACAAGUUGUAUAUGAACCCUUUUGAUUCUUCUCCGAAAUACAAGCAUACUGAAAAGUCAAUGGAGGUUUUGGAAGAUCUAACUGAUGAAAUCCUUAAUAAGCUAUACACGUCCAAAUCUCCUUCCAUCUUGUCGGAUUGCUUGAGUAGUCGAUUUGGUUAUCAAAAAGAAUUAGACAAAUUGAUCAAGAAAUUCCCAGCCCACGUAUUCAAAUUAUUCACUACUCAUAUGGCUAGAAAUGUUGAUGAAUCGUUACCAAAUUAUGUUGGAGUGUAUAAUGGAAAAGCAUCCACCAAUCAGAACGUUUUAGAAGAAUUGGAAAACAACACGGAUGUCUUACUUACAUUGGGGUAUUACAACACUGAAGUGAACACCGGGGCAUAUUCACGCGAUUUCUCCAAGAUUAAUCAUUAUAUUGAAAUUCAUCCAGACUACGUGAAGAUGAAUCAUCAGUUCUUUCACAUUAAACAAAAGGACGGUGGGAGAUUAUUCACUAUUGGUGAUUUAAUUGAGGAGCUUGCCUCACGGUUGGAUAUCUCCAGGUUUUCUCGGAUUCCAAAAGUUCCAAUGUACAACUAUUUCCCAAGCACGUUUCAUUCACCUUCAGUAGAAGACGCGCGUUACGUUCCUCAAACUAAAUUAAUUGACCAUUUUAACAACUAUCUUAGACCAAAUGAUCUAUUAAUUGUCGAAACUAUGUCAUUUGCUUUUGGUAUGCCAGAUAUCAAAUUCCCACCAAACCUUCAAUAUUUACUGGCACAUUUCUACGGUUCCAUUGGCUAUGCAGUCCCAGCAACCUUUGGUGCUACCAUGGCCCUUAAUGAUAUUGGGUCUGACCGCCGUAUUAUCUUGGUACAAGGAGAUGGUGCAGCCCAGAUGACAGUCCAAGAAUUGUCUAGUUUUAUCAGAUAUAAGGACAUUUUGAAUAACAUGCCUGAGAUUUACUUGAUUAACAAUGACGGCUAUACAGUUGAAAGGGCUAUAAGGGGACCAACUAGAAGCUACAACGACAUCAAUGGUAAUUGGAAAUGGGUAGACUUAUUUAAGGUCUUUGGUGACACCGAAAGACAUGAAGCAAGAGUAUUGAAGGAUGUAGCUGAGUUUGAAGAUUUUUUCAGUGGUAUUAAGAGGGGAGACGACAGAAGCAAGUUACGGUUCUACGAAGUGAUUGCUGGUAAAUAUGAUGUGCCUGAUAAGUUGAAUAGUAUGUUAUGUAAGAAGAAGGCAUAA